CUUUAAAAAAGCCCAGAAAAUGUCAUCGUCCAGGUAAUGGGGAUAAGGGGUUUUAGAUUCUUUUAAUUUUGUUUCCGAGUUUUUCAGCCAUGUUUGCUCAGUUAGCACCAUCGCCGUCUCCUUCUCCGGCGAACGUUAGCCACUUCGUUCACCGUCGCACCUUCCGUCAAUGUACAUACGCCGUCUCCGCUUCUCUUCCCACUGCAAAUUCCUCUCGUCCACCACCAAUUCAGAUUGUUGGAGGAAAGGAUUUGAAUUUGGAUGUUACACGGAAAGAUGAUUCAAUUGGGUUCAAAUUAGAGGCAAAUGAAGAUGAAAUUGAUUGGAUGAAUCUAGAAUCUGAUAUUCGUCUAUGGACUAGAGCAUUACGUCCUGUUCAGUGGUAUCCAGGGCACAUAAUGAAAACUGAAAAGGAACUUAGGGAACAGCUUAAGUUGAUGGAUGUUGUGAUUGAAGUCCGUGAUGCUAGGAUUCCUUUAUCGACCACUCAUCCAAAGAUGGAUGCGUGGCUUGGGAAUAGGAAACGGAUAUUGGUAUUAAAUAGAGAAGAUAUGAUCUCGAACGAUGAUCGAAAUGAUUGGGCGAGAUACUUUGCAAAGCAAGGAAUAAAGGUCAUUUUCACUAAUGGCAAACUUGGGAUGGGAGCUAUGAAGCUAGGUCGGUUAGCCAAAAGUUUAGCAGGUGACGUAAAUGGGAAACGGCGAGAAAAAGGACUUCUCCCUAGAUCAGUUAGAGCUGGAAUAAUUGGAUACCCUAAUGUUGGGAAAUCAUCUCUGAUCAAUCGUCUAUUGAAACGAAAAAUUUGCGCAGCAGCUCCAAGACCAGGUGUAACUAGAGAAAUGAAAUGGGUCAAGCUUGGGAAAGAUCUUGAUCUCUUAGAUUCACCUGGAAUGCUUCCUAUGCGUAUCGAUGAUCAAGCAGCUGCUAUAAAGCUGGCAAUUUGUGAUGACAUUGGAGAGAAAGCUUAUGACUUCACUGAUGUUGCUGGAAUCCUUGUGCAGAUGUUAGCACGGAUUCCAGAAGUAGGCGCAAAGGCUCUUUACAACCGAUACAAGAUCCAGCUAGAAGGCAACUGCGGGAAAAAAUUUGUGAAGACGCUUGGUCUUAAUUUGUUUGGUGGAGAUAGUCAUCAAGCUGCAUUUAGAAUACUAACGGAUUUUCGCAAAGGCAAAUUCGGGUAUGUCUCGUUGGAGAGACCUCCACUGUGAUCCAAGUUAGUAAGAGAUAUGCUCAAACUUAUGUGUUAAUUUAUGUAUGCAAUAUAUGUCUUGAUGUAUGCAUACUUGUGUAUUCCGUUUGUCUUAGAGGACAUGAUAAAUACUAGAUAUAGACCAAAUCCAUGACGACAUCAGUCAGAUGCUGCUAAAUGCUAACCAUUUUUCUCUUAAGCCCAAAUGUAUGAAUAAUUUGUUCAUGUAAAAUAUGGUUAAUUUUUUUUUUGUUGUCAAUAUUUUCAAAAGCUACGUAAUGGAUAAUUCUAUAAUGUUCAUAAUACAA